AUGGAAGCUUUCAAACUUCCUGUGUCCACUUCUAGGGCGAUUGACAAAAAUUUAGCACGUUUCAUUUGGAAUGGUGAUCGAGAUGGCCGUGAGCUCCACUGGAAAGCAUGGUCGACGGUUUGCAAAUCUCGUUUCCAUGGGGGCCUUGGUAUGCGUUGCACUGAAGGGAUGAUAGAGGCACUUCUUGCUCGCCUUGCAUGGAGGAUGCUGAGACAUCCUGAUGCUCUACUCUCCCGUAUUGAUGCAGCAAAGUAUUGUCGGCAAGAUGACCUCCUCUCAGUUCAACCAGAAAAGAAUGCCACUUGGGGAUGGCUUGGAGUCCAAUGGGGUAGAGACUUACUGAAGAAGGGCCUCAAAUGGCAAGUCGCGAAUGGCCAGCGGAUCCCAUUUUCAGCAAAUUGGAUUCCCAAUUCACCUGAUCUGCUUGCUUUCUACACUUCGCCGUCCCUCCUUUGGGAUAGACAAUUUUGGGCUUUUGAAGCCAGUGGUGAAUACACUGUUCGUUCUGGUUAUCAUCAGGCUUGCAAGUUACGGUCUUGCUAUCAGGCCAAACCAUCUACUUCUACCUCAAGUUGCCACAUCCCUUCGCUGAUUUGGAAGAAACUUUGGACAGCUGACGUGCCAGAACGAAUUAAAUUAUUUCUUUGGCGUGCUUUGUCAGAAGCUUGUCCCACUCUUCAAGUUCUAACCCGGCGUGGUUUUUCUCCGGCUGGCCUAUGUGUUCGAUGUGGUUUGAAGGAAGAAUCAAUAAGUCACAUGCUACUGGAUUGCGACCAUCCUCGCCUUAUUCGGCGUUUAUCUCCCAUGGGAUUUGACUUUACAUCUGGGACUGCUUGUUCCUUUGCCGACUGGUUUGUUCAUUGGAUGGAGCAGGCCCCAAUUGAUGACGUUCGUUCUCAAUCCUUAUUCCUUCUGUGGGAAAUCUGGAAAGAUCGUAAUUGUCAUGUAUUUGGCGAGGCCGACCUUCCUCCUCCUCACGAGAUAGAUGGUGCCUUUUCGUCGUCUUCUUGCAUAGCUGGUGCCGGUUGGGUGUUUUUAUCACCUGGAAGGGAUGUAAUUCACUUAGGUAGUUGUUCCUUUCUGGCGAAUUCUCCGUUGCAGGCUGAAGCUUAUACCUGCUUUGUUGCGUUAUCCAUAGUGGAUUCCAUAGUUUAUCCGGAAGUUGUCAUCCACACGGAUUGUUUGGUGUUGGUUUAA